UUAUAUUCCAUUACUAUUAUAUCUUCUUCAUCCUUGGCUUGCAUCUUCUGAAUCACACACACGUAUACAUAUUCGUCGUUUUUUCAAGGUGGGGAAUAUCGUGAUCGGAUAAACGAAGGAUGGUAAGCUCCCGUUCGUCAUCGACGGCUAUUGACGAUAAGAACGAAGACAAUAAAAGGAAAGAAGAAGAAGAAGAAGUAGAAUCAAAAGGACGAGAAGAAGAGGAAACCACCAACAACAACAACAAUAGUAGCAGCAACAACAACAAUAACGUUAAUUCGAUACCGUCGUUGUCCACCGUCGAGGUGUUAGAUUUGCUUGGCGAACCAACAACCAACGCCAUCUUGUCGGGAAGGAAAGGAAACGUUAGAAGAAGCGUUGCUGAAGGUGAGGGAGGUGGUGGAGGAGGUAUAGGAGGAGGUGUAGGAGGAGGAAAAAGGACGAGUGCCGGUGCCGGUGUCGACAAGGAGGACGACGACGUCGAAUGGGGUCGACGACGAAGCAACAACGACGGCCCACCUUCGUUGGUUUCGAUGUCGUUAGACCUGCAAAAUCAACCGGUCGGUAGCGCCAAUCCGCAAAACGAUUCUGGAGAUUAUUCGAAUAUCAAUGCUGGUAUUGGUACUGGUAUUGGUACUGCUAUUUCUGAUCCAUGUGAUCGUACACUUGCUACUGCAACAACCGAAACCAAUAACAACAACGCUAUAUUAUCGUCAUCAUCCAUUACCAAUAUCAAACUAAUUGGUAAUAAUCGAGAAGAAGAAGAAAGUUACGAGGGAUUCGGAUUUGGAUCCGAUUUUGGAUCCAGUUCUGGUUUCGGUUCCGUCGAAGUUGACGCUGACGGUGAACCAGAGGACGGCAGGGACGACGCCGAUUCACCUGGUGGCAGCAGUUCAGCACCCUCUCCUACUGGUAGCAACCCUUUCGGCAGAAAUCCGAGAAGUCCGAAUUCGACCAUAGGAAGGCAUUCCUGGCUUCGAACAUCCCUUAGACGAACACCCCCAUGUUCCGGGAGAAAACGGAUCAGUUCAAAUGCAUUAGCCAGUCAGCUUUAUCGCAGCGGUAGCUUCAAUAGUUCAGGAAGAGGCUCAAACUGUGACAAUACUGACGAUAUGUACAGCGAUGUAUCUCUUGAAGAAGACUUUAUAGAUCUCAAUCAUAGGGUCCAAAUGAUUCAAGAGCAAAUGAACGUAUUGGCCGAUACCCAAUCGGUCGGCGAAGAAAGAUACGCAAGAGUUAAACAAGAAAAUGCAACCUUACAAGCGAGAAUAUUGAUUUUAGAAGAAGCUGCGAAAGAUGCUGAAACUAGAGCAGAAGAACGAUUGCAGGCUGAACAACGAAGGCAUAGAGAAUUGGCCAGUCGUUUGGAACGAGAAAAACAAUUACAAUUAGAAAAUUAUGCUAUUAAGUUACAAUCAAUCGAUUUAGAAAGUUCUACUUUAAGGGAUGAAAUAGGAAGAUUAAGAGAGCAACUUGAAAGAUUUAAAAAUGACAAAACUCGGCUUGAGAUAGAACUUAAGGAUUCUCAAAGCGAAAUAAAUACUGCCAGAGAAAACGAAAAGCAAGCAGUUGCUAGAGCCAAUGAAGCUCAUCAUAUGCUUCAAGUGGCCAAAGAAGAACUUAUAAUUAGAGCUGAUAAUCAACAGAGAGUCGAAGAACUUGAACAACAGGUGGUUCAUCUUCAAGCACGUAACAAAAGUCUGGAAGAAGCACGAGACGAGUUGCAAGCUGCUGCCGCUGUACAAGCAGGCCGAGAACUUUUAAUGUUAAGUCCUUGUAAUAAUGGAAGCGAGAAAGGACCGAGUCUAGCAGCCGAGUUAUUGGCUGGUAUGAGUCAGGAUCAGAUGGAUGGUCAUCCUAUUGAUGAAUAUGAAUCGCCAUAUAGUAUUUCGGAACUGAAACAGGCUUUAAAAGAACAACAGGAAGUCAAUGCUCAAUUAAGAGCAUAUAUCGAUGGGAUUUUAUUAAAUAUCGUUGAAAAUUAUCCGCAAUUGCUUGAAGUCAAACAAGCACACUAACUGCGGAUCAUUUUUAUGAAUGAUCAAAGAAUUUUGAAAUAAUAUUUCAAAAUUGAAGGCAUUGUACAUUAAGUUUCAUUACUGAAAUUACUAUUUAUACAUUUAUAUAAAUUAUUCUACUGUAGUUGUAUACAUAUAUAUGUAUUAGGUGUCUCAAGUUUUUCAAGUUAAAAUUAAGUAAAUUGUUUUGUGAACAUUUAUUCGUAGAACAUUUUGCUAAAAUUUGGCAAAGAAUUAAACCUGUGAUAUCUCACGUACAUAUAUUCGCAUAUUUAAAUUAAUUCGGGAAGAUAGCUUCCGUCCAGAUAAAUUUAAAGCUCCAGAAAUCUCCAGAUGAUGCGUGAAAUUGAAACUUUUUAAACUCAUCUUCGUUAUUCUUAUUAUCUAUUUUAUUAUAACGGCAAGAAAGAGAAAGAGAAAGAGAAGAGAGAAAAAGAGUACGUUAAAUAAGUCGUAAGUGUGGCAUUAUUAUUGUUAAUCAUUUGAAACAAUGAAUCUGUAUAUUAUAUUAAGAAAGUACACAAAAGGCCUUCGUAUAUAUUACUAUUACUAUUAUUAUAUCAAAUUGAAGAAUUUUAUAAUAUUGAAUUAUCGUUAAAGGAAAAGAUGUAAUUAUUUAUUAUUGCACCUUUCUUCAUACUAUCUUCUUGGCAAGAACAAUUAUAUUUGGUAGUCAUAUAUUUUUAAUGAUAAUUCAAUAUGUGAUAAUGUACAGAUGAACCAAUUUAUCAAUAAUUUACUAAAGUAUCUUCUCACCUCUAAGGAUGAUACCAUAUUUUAAUGAUAAAAUAUUAUUUAUCAUUUUAUCUAUAAAAGAAAUUCUAUUCUCGCCUUGUAAUUGAUUGUCUGAAUCGAAUUUAAUUUUUAAAUAAAUAUCAUUCGCGAGUUACCUACUAGUUACUUGACAAAGAGGUGAUGUAUGACUGCGUUAUGUGUCACGGCGCAUCUGUGAUACAACAACAAAAAUAGUACCUAUUAAAUUAAUAUUUAGUAUUUUCACCUAUAGAAUAUUUUAGGUCUUUAUACUGAAAAAAAAGCUAUUAAAGUUGCGAAUAAAUCGUUAUAUUUUGAU